AUUGCCAAAAUCCCUAGCUUAGGAGCUCUUCUCUGCUCUCUCUUGGUGUUUCUACUCUACCACUCCCAACUCUCUCUCCCUCGAUAUCUCUCUUCAAAUUAGUAUUUUCUUCAAAGUUAUAAAAAAAAAAAGGCGAGGAAUGGCAAGUACUGCUUCUGCUGCCGAUCCAGAGCACAACACUAAAGAUAGAGAAGAGGACGAGAACGCACCUGCCGCCGAUGAUGAGGACACCGGAGCUCAGGUUGCCCCCAUCGUCAAGCUCGAAGAGGUGGCCCUCACUACUGGCGAGGAAGAUGAGGAUCCUAUCCUCGAUCUGAAAGCGAAGCUGUAUAGAUUUGAUAAGGAAGGGAACCAGUGGAAGGAGAGAGGAGUUGGUAAUGUGAAGCUUUUGAAGCAUAAGGAAUCUGGCAAGGUUCGCCUUGUCAUGCGCCAAUCUAAGACUCUCAAGAUCUGCGCCAAUCAUCUAGUUGUGCCAUCAAUCAAUGUCCAAGAGCAUCACGGGAAUGAUAAAUCAUGCGUCUGGCAUGCCGCUGAUUUUGCUGAUGGAGAAUUGAAGGACGAGCUCUUCUGUAUCAGAUUUCCUUCUGUUGAGAAUUGCAAAACCUUCAUGGAGACGGUGCAAGAGGUGGCUGAAACUCAGGGAAAAAAAGAAGAAAGUAAAGAGGCUGCAGAUGCUGCUGGACUACUUGAGAAGUUGAGUGUCGUGGAUGGUAAAACAGAUGAGAAAGAAAAGGAGGAGGGGCCUGUUGAGGCAAAGGAGCAGCACAAUGAGGCUGAAGGUGAGAAAGCAAAAGCAGAUGCCAAAAAGGAAGAUGAAAUUGCAUUAUCAGCGUAGACAUGAAAGGAUUUUAGUCCUUCUUGAUGCAGCUUUUGGGGAUAUGUUAUUUUGAGUGCUUAGUGGAUGUUAUUUUUCCCACAGGUUUCGGGGAUUUGUUGGUAUAUGUUAACGGUAUCAAUUAUUUUGGAAACGGUGGAUGGCUUUGGUUUCUAUUUUGGUCAGUUUGGGAUUGUAAUUUAUAGAGUAUCAGUCUUAAAUCCUAGUUCUUUGGUAAAAAUCCGGGAGAAUAUUGUAUGGCAGAGUGUUUGCGAGGUUGCCAGUUCAAACUUACAUGUUUCUUUCCCCUUUGAAUUAGAUUUUGGGUGGUUUGUGAAGCAAGAAA